GCCAAAGUUGAGCAGGCCUGUCAUAUUUCAUCAUCACAUUCUGCUUCUGGUGUUCUUCUGCCCGCGCACCCCCUCCUCACAACUUGCAAGUUGCCAUAGCGACAGCAGUUAAAAUUUCUGCAUCAUGGCUGUUCAGCUGACUACUCCUGAAUGGGCACAUCUUCACCGAGGAGGAAUGAAGACAGACUCGCUUCAUCCAUUGUAUUGAACUGCCACUUUCUUUCAUCAUGGCAGGCUGCCGCGAUGUCUGGCCGAAGGAAGUGCCCGGACUGCGGUUCCCUGGAGAUCGUGGAAGACUCUCACUACGCACAGGUCCAGCUGGUGUGCGUGGACUGCGGCUGCGUCCUGAGUGAGGGGCUUCUGACCACCACCUUUGCAGAUGAAGAGCGUUUACAGGCGGUGGCAUUUUCACAAAGUACUGGUCAGGAUGAGCAGCAGAGCUAUUGCGUGCAGCGAGGGAUCCGGCGUGUUCGGGAUCUCUGCAAAGUUCUCCGACUUCCUUCUCUGUUUGAAGAUACAGCCAUCUCCUACUACCAGCAGGCAAUCAAAUGUCCUUGUUUCUCCUUGGUCAGCUUGGCGAAAAAAGAGAUUCUCGUGGGCUGUUGUGUCUUUGCAACCUGCCGGCAACAUAACUGGCCCCUGACUAUGGGCACCGUCUGCUUGCUGCUCUAUGCAGACAAAGGGCUGUUUGCCAGGACCUACCUGCGCUUCUUGAAGGAAUUGGCUCUGGAUGUGCCCGCUCUGAGUCUGAUAGAUCUGGUGAAAACACACCUCAACAGUUUUAAGCUCUACCAGAGCUCGGCCAGCGUGCCGGACAAGUUUGUCGAAGACAAGGAGCAGCUGGUGGCCCGGACGGUCCAGAUGGUGGAGCUUGCCAGCGAGACGUGGCUGGUGACUGGCCGGCACCCCAUCCCCGUGGUCACGGCCGCAGCCUACCUGGCUUGGCAGUCGCUGCAGCCCGUCGGCCGCCUCUCCUGCACCCUCCCCCAGUUCUGCAAGCUGGCGGGGACAGACCUGCCGCAGCCAGCCCGCCAGCGGCUGAAGGAACUGCGCGGCAUCCUCCUGCGGAUGAGCUCCCAGCUGGGCUGGCUGCGGCUGCUCAGGGUGGACCAGAAGACCGUGGCGAAGCACGUGGGCGACUUGCUGUGCCACCGCCGGGUGCUCCUUCGAGCCGCCUUCUGUGCGGGGGAUGAUGCCGGAGAGCCCGGCCUCGGGAGCUCGGCAGCCGCACCGCCGCGGGGGAGAGAAGCGGGCAUGGAAGAGGCCCCCCUUGCAGGAGACGAGCAGGCCGGCGGCGAUAAGCGGGCGCCUUUGCUCCCGCCCUGCGUCCUGAACCCCAAGAAGAAGCGGCGCGCUGCCGAUCCGGCCCCUGAGUGCCCCCUCGUCACUGGAGACGAGCCCAUUCUCGACAGCGAGAUCGAACAAUACCUCCGGACCCCAGAAGAGAAGGAGCUCUUCAGCAAGGCCCAGGCCUGUCUCGGCACCGCCGCUCCAGGGAACUCUGAGGCAGGCAGCUAAUCCAGCAGGGACUUGGUCCCUCCACCCCGAUGUCCGUGGCUGGUGUGCUGCGGAAAGCCACCCAGGAUAGACAUGUGCAAGUUGUGCAACUUGUGUGACCUGCACCAAUGAUGUGACACAAGGGGAAGCCCUCUUGUGUUAACGGCCUUUGCACAGUUUUUGUAUUUGUGAAAUUUAAACAGCUGGCUUGCAGGCAGUGUUUGCUGGACUGGCAUAUCCUUGCAUGGUAUGUCAGCCCGUUUCUAUCCUCAUACUGGGAGGUCUACUUUUAUCCGAGCCUGGGGGUUGAAGCGGCAUCCAACUUAAUGCAGGGAUUCCCGCACUGUGGCCCUCCAGAAGAUGCUGAACUACAACUCCCAUUAUCUCCAGCCAGAUCAUUGUGGCAGGGGAUGAUGGGAGUUGUAGUUCAGCAAUAUUUGGAGGACCACCGGUCAGGGAAUUCCAGAUGUUGUUGACUACAACUCCCAUAAUUCCCAGCAAAAGGCCAUUGCAGCUGGGGUGCUGGGAGUUGACCACAACAUCUAGAAUUAUUUGUUUGAAGGAAUGCUGCAUGGAAGCCUUUGCUCUAGAUUUGCUGUUUUUAAAGCUACUGUCUGGCUCAGUCCUAAUGGAGGUGAACUUCUGUAUGAAGUUUCGUUCAAUCAUCUUUAUUACGGUCAUAGACCAGCAUAAAGUAUAGCAGAUGAUUACACAUUGUAUAGUACAUAACGAUACAUUAGAAGGCAUAAGGAAACAUUAAAAAGCAUUUAAAAGGCAUAUAAGACAUAAAAGGGAUAGAAGGCACAAAAAGGCAUAAUUGCGUAAAAGCCUCUCCCUUUUUAAUGCCUUUUAAUGUCUUGUAUGCCUUUUUAUGCUUUUAAAUUCUUUUUAAUGUUUUUUCAUGCCUUCUAAUGUCUCGUUAGGUACUAUCCUCUACAACAUGUAAUCAUCCCUUAUGCUUCCUGCUGGUCUAUGAUUGUAAUACAAAUGAUUGAUUGAUUGGAUUGGAUGAAGUGCCUCUUAUUACAUUUGCAGUGCUGAUGGGGAGAAUGACUUUGGAAAAAGCUUGGGUUUUGUUCUUAUGAUAGUAGGGGUUAAUACUCCCCCUUCGUUAAAAGGGCUUUUGAUUUCUUCCUGUUGGCACCGACUAUAUCCUACGAGUCGUCGGGUACCGGAAAGGUGUGGCAGUCCCAGUGUAAAGGCUCCUUCCCACUCCGCUGUAGAAAUUCCUAACUGCAAGUGAGCGGACUCCCUCUGGACUGAUGACCAGUGAGGCGGAGGUGAAAGCAAAUGGCUCACUCCCACUGCUGCUUCCUUGCAAUUUCCUCCAAGCCUGGACAUUCCACUUAGUGACUAUGACUUGAUGAACGUGUCCUAUCCCCUUUUCAAGGCUGGAUAGUGCUGGGUGCCCUGCUCACCAGAGGAUUUUUAGAUGUCUGCACAUCAGUUGGCCUGCACACAAUUUCCCUUUGGUUCUCACCAGUGAUGAGGGACAGUGUUCCCCUUAACAGGGUAGUUGACUACAACUCCCAGAAUCCCCAAGCAAAAGCCAUUGCAGCUGGGCAUUCUGAGAGUUGUCGUCACCCACAUCUGGGAAUCCCUGUUAAUGGGAACACUGGUCCAGGAGUGUUUCUGUGUCUUUGAGAUGGCAGCAGCUUGUUAAAUCCCCAUAGGCCCUAGACUUUUGCUUCUUCCCCUUAAAGUUUUGUUUAACUUCAGCAACAGGGGGAGAGCCAGAGAGGAGAUAUAGCUUGAUAAAAAAUACAGGCUGAUGGCAGCAAGCCUUCUGCUGUGCUGUUUUGCUCGGAAUACUUCCAGGCUUAUAGAUAUACACAUCUUCAUGAAGCCUGCCUUGGACAUGUUUACACAGAACCUGUUCUGUGGGUACCAGUGUUCCCUCUAACAGGGAUUCCCAGCUGUUGUUGACUACAAUUCCCAUAAUCACCAAGCAAAGGCCACUGCAGCUGGGGAUUCUGGGGGUUGUAGUUGACAACAUCUGGGAAUCCCUGUUAGAGGGAACACUGGUCGGAACCUUCUGGCGUCAUCAGGGACCUCUUUGUUAACCCUUGUGUUGGGUUUGUUGGCUUCUGUAGAUUGCAUCAACAGCAUGAGAUAGGUGGCGAAUUAAACUGUGAACACUCUGAUAAA